GAUACAGCUGGACUGUCUGCACAGAACUGAUGCCAGGACAAUGUCUCAGGAGCCGAGGACGGACUUGCUUCUCCUGUUCCUUUUUGUGAGCCAUGGAGUGGCCGGUCCUGGUGUCCCACCAUCCACUCAAGAUUUGCCUCCAUUGUUGCAAAAAAUGGUGGAAGAAAUAAUAGCUGGACGCUUUCUGAAUGCAUUAUUGGACCUCCUGCAGUUUAAAAGCUCUCAUGAGUGGACGGCGGAGCUGACGCACAGAGUCCUGGACUAUCUCAAUUCACGUGAUGUGCUCUUCACCACCUCCAGCCUCCAGGCAACCAUGGAAAAUCACCUGAAGCAGCUGUUGUACCAGCCCCGGCGGCUGCUGGAGGCCCUGCGGGAAACAGACGCUCAGCAGCUACACACGGCCAUGAGGUGCCUUUUGGAAGACAAGAAGGAGCACUGGGAGCUAGAGGACAUAGCCGUGGACUUGGGCGAGGCACGGAGACAGGCCUUGCAGAGCCCGGGCGUGAGGCGCAGCCUCUUCCGCGUCACGCUGGAGAGGUGCUUCGAGGUGAUGAACCCCCUGGAGUGUGUGGAGGUCUUGGGCCGCCUGCUGCGGGCUUCCUCGGGCAGCUUGCUCCAGCCAGAGACCCCUGCGCUGCUGCCUCAGGACCUGAGGGAAGACGCCUUCCGGAACUUAUCAGCUGUGUUCAAGGAGAGCUAUGACCCCAUGUCUGCGCACGCACAGAGAGCCGUCUACACCUGGAUGUCGCAGGUUCUGCACCGUGGCGCCAAUGUCACAGAUGACUCUAUUUCCUGGGUCAGUGCAGAAAGCUUAUGGAUUUUGGGUAGAUACAUGGUUCACCUUCCAUUUGAAGAAAUUAAGAAAAUAAGUCCUAUAGAAAUGGGGCUGUUCAUCAGCUAUGACAAUGCCACCAAGCAGUUGGACACGGUCUAUGACAUCACCCCAGCCCUGGCCCGGGCGUUUCUGGAGAGGAUCGACUCCUCCAGCUUUGACAUGAGGAACACCUCCACCGUCCACCGGCUGGGGUUGCUUGUGUGUUUCUACGAUGACCUGGAGCUGCUGGAUGCUGCCGUGGCCCACGUCCUCCUUCACCAGAUGAUCAAGUGCAGCCGCCUGAGGGGCUUCCAGGCCAGCGUGCAGAAGCUCAAAGCUGACCUCCUGGACGUUGCCACGGAGAACCAGACCCUCAACGAGACGCUGGGCUCCCUGUCGGAUGCCGUGGUGGGCCUGAGCCAUGCUCAGCUGGAGUCACUGUCCCCGGAGGCCGUGCAUGCCGCCAUCCCUACCCUCAACCAGGUCAACGGCUGGGCCAGGGGUCAGGUCGUCAUUUUGUCUGCCAAGUACUUGGCCUAUGAGAAGGUGCUGUCCUUCCACAACGUGAGUCAGCUGGGCAUGCUGCUGCCCGGGGUGGGCACCCAGGCCCUCCACGCCAUGGAGCACAGGGACCUCAUGCAGCUGCUCUGGAGCACCAGCUCCCUGCACCUGUCUGCACUGUCCAUGGUCCAGCAGCAGGGUGUCCUCAGCAAGGUGCUGGAGGCAGGAGACAGGCCUCCGGGCAUCGUGGAGAUCCCAGGGGCUCUCUUUAAGCAAGUGUCUCUCUUCGACGUGUGGAGGGAACCUGGACUCAACGCCACAGUCCUGAAGGAAAAGGAGCUUCGGAGGAGUCAGGCUUUGUUCCUGUACGAGCACCUGUCCCGGGCCCCGGCCGAGGAGCUCCUCAGCACAGGGCAGCUGCUCAAAGGCGUGACGUGCCCCCAGCUGGGGGCCAUGAGCAAGGACACCUUCCUGGCCCUUUCCGUGUAUUUCGAGGACAAUCUUUCCCUGCUGUCACCGUAUCAGGUUAAUUGCUUGGCCUGGAAGUACUGGGACACCGCCAGGUCCUCGAUGCCACCGUUCCUCGUGGCUGCACUUCCAGCUCGCUACUUGGCUUCCAUCCCUGCGUCCCAGUGUGCACCCUUGCUGACCAGCUUGGGCAAGAGGCAUCUGGACUCCUUGGUCUUAGAUCCCCAUAAGAAGAGUUUGGUCCUCCGGAAAGUGCAGCAGUGCCUGAAUUACUCCGUUGUUGACGAGUACGAUGUGGACAUCAUGGGCAGCCUACUCUGUCACCUGCCGGCCACUGUCAUCUACCAUGGGGUGUCCCCCAGGGCCUGGCCCAUGGUCCUGUACGGCCUCAGACACUGCGCAGACCUGGGCCCUGAGCAGAAGGUGGUGCUGAGGGUCAAGCUUCUGGAACAGUUUGGAUUCCCCGAGAACUGGACCGCUGAGACUACCAAGGACCUGGCCCCCUUCCUAGUGCUUUUCUCAGGAGCUGAAUUAAGCCCUGUUGCUGCCAAGUUUCCCGAGAUCCUGCAACAGACAGCUUCCUCAAUGACAGGGAUCCUGCCCCCCCGAGAAUUCCUUUGGGCCGUCUUUGAGUCUGUUCGGAACAGCAGUGACGGGGACACCAAGUCUCACCCCAGUCCUGCUCCCCAUUCUUCAGGCUGCCACAGGGUCGUGGCUCCUUCUUCCGACGCCGUCUUCAGUUUGGGGGAAGCCAACGUCUGCUGGACCCCCCAGGACCUGCUCUGCAUGGAGGAAGAUGUGUUUGCCAGGAAUGUGGAGCUACUGGGGGCCGUCAGGGGCUUCAGCCUGGCUCAGCUGCUGGCUCUGAAGGAGAAGACGAUCCAGGUUUGGGACAUGCCCUCUUCCUGGAGAGAGCACCAGAUUGUGUCCCUGGGGUGCAUUGCCCUGGCUCUGAAUGAGACGGAGCUGGAACAGCUUGAUCUCAGCUCCAUUGAUGCCGUGGCUUCCCUCAGCCAGCAGACAGGGUGGACACCAGGACAGGCUAGAUCCAUUUUGCAAGGAUUCUUGGAGGAUGCUGCCUGCCCCAUCCAGGAUCUCAAGAGUUUCCACUUAGUAGGACUUGGCGCGUGCUUGUGUACUCUGAACGCGACUGAAAUCUCACUCAUCAAGACCUCAGAGUUCAGGCUGGUAGUGGCCAGUAUUGGAACCUUGCCCUGCAGCGUUCAGGUCUUGGCUGAGUUUAAGAAGAAGGCCGAGGUUGUGUUUGGACUUUCUUCACAGUGGUCCAGCUCUGUCUUGCAGGAACUUGGGAUGAUUGCGGCUGGAUUAACCAAGGAAGAGCUCCAAACACUCGACAAGGAGUUGAUGCCGCAUUUCCAGCCAUCAGCAAUCAAACGCUUUCCUGAUGAGAUAUUCAAAGCGCUGUCCCCGGAGCAAAUCGCCUUUCUGGGCCCAGAGAACGCGGCCGCGGUGACACCCGCCCAGCGCCGGCAACUCGGCAUCUUGCAGCUGCAGAGCCUGCAGCGGGCGCUAGAUGGCGCCAAGACUCUCUCCUGGCUGGACGCGCCCUUGAGCGCCGGCCCCACGCAGACCCCCAACUCCGGUUCUCCCCCAGUGAGAAGCAUCUUUGGUGCUAGGACUCGAUGUUUGACCCCAGCCUUCACUCUGUGUUUCUAG